CCCCGACCUCCCGGGCCGCCGCGCUCCCCCGAGCCCACCUCGCCCUCCAGGACAGGGGGACCCCGCGCCCCGGACAGGCCGCCUUCGCUGCGCCCCGGCGGGAGGAUGCUGACCCGAGCAGCCCUGCUGCCGCUCUGCCUGCUGGCUUCCAGCCUGGGACCCUGCGCCCUGUCGCUGGGAGCAGGUCUGCGCCGACCAGGCCGAGAGGACGCAGCCAGUAGAAGUGUCUCCGGACGCCCGCCAGUAAUAGACGCGAAAGACGGCAAGGACGAUGACAUUGAAGAUGGCCUUGAUCUGGAUAUUCCGUUUAAGAAGCCCCAUCCUGCUGUCCCGGGAAGGAGGGAGGACUCGCAGCCCCAGGCGCCUCCCGCACAGGUCCUGAAGACGCGUUCACGGCCUCCCAGCCCCGCCGCCUCGGUGGUGGAGAGGACAGGGACAGGGACAGGGGCGGCCCUGCCGGCCGGGCUCCCGGGCGCAUCCUGUGAUGAGAUGGUCUGCCCCGCCGGCAGCUCCUGCAUGCCUGACUACACCUGGGGCGGCUCGCGCUGCUUCUGCCAGCUGGGCCGAGCCGGGGACCAGUGCUCGCAAGAGAUUGCUAUACAGUAUCCUCAAUUCUCCGGACAGUCUUUUAUGGCCUUUGAACAUUUGAAGAACUCUUUCCAGACAUUUGAGAUCACUCUUGAAUUUCGGGCGGAUGCUGACGGCUUGCUGCUCUUCUGUGGGGACAACGAGCACGGGAGAGGGGAUUUCAUGUCCCUGGCCAUCAUCCAGAGAGCACUCCAGUUCAGGUUCAACUGUGGCAGUGGGGUCGCGGUCAUCACGAGUGAGUCCAGAAUCAAGCUGGGGACCUGGAACACGGUGAAACUCUACAGAGACGGGGUCCAAGGGCUGCUGCAGGUCAACAACGGCACCGCAGUGGCCGGCCGGUCCCCGGGCGAGUACAGCAAGAUCACCUUCCGGACACCCCUCUAUCUCGGUGGGGCCCCCAGUGCUCACCUGCUGGCCAGAGCGACAGGGACCUGCCGAGGCUUCCACGGCUGCGUGCAGCUGCUCACCGUCAAUGGAAAGACCUUGGACAUGAGGCCCUGGCCGCUGGGGGUAGCUCUGCGUGGCGCCGAAGUGGGGGAGUGCAGCAGUGGCGUCUGUGACGAAGCCUCCUGUGUCAAUGGCGGCAGCUGCACGGCAUCCUCGGCCGACUCCUACAUCUGCCUGUGUCCCCUGGGCUUCAAGGGUCGACACUGUGAACAGGGUUUCACCGUGGUCAUCCCGCAGUUCAGAGAGUCUCUAAAGUCCUACGCGGUGGUCAGCUGGCCACUGGGGCCCGACCACUACCUGUCCUUCAUGGAGUUUGAGCUCACCUUCCGGCCCGACUCUGGCGAUGGAGUUCUCCUUUACAGCUACGACCUGGGCAGCAAAGACUUCGUGUCCGUCAACAUGGUCGAGGGGCAUGUGGAGUUCCGCUUUGACUGCGGCUCGGGCACCGGCACUCUCAGGAGUCCAGAACCACUCACGCUGGGCCAGUGGCACGAGCUGCGUGUGUCCCGCACAGGAAAGAACGGCAUCCUGCAGGUGGACACGCAGAAGGUGGUGGAGGGCAUGGCGGAGGGCGCCUUCACGCAGAUCAAGUGCACCGCGGACGUGUUCAUGGGCGGUGUCCCCAGCUACCAUAACGUGAAGAAGAACUCGGGUGUCCUCAGGCCCUUCACCGGGAGUGUCCAGAAGAUCGUCCUGAAUGACCAAACUAUCCACAUGUACCAAGACUUCACGCAGGGUGUGAAUGUGGAGAAUGCAGCCCACCCCUGUGUGGAGAUGCCCUGUGCCCACAAGGGCAACUGUCUUCCCAAGAAGGAAAGUUAUGAAUGUGACUGCCCCCUGGGCUUCGAGGGGCUGAACUGCGAGAAAGCCAUCGCAGAAGCCAUCGAGAUUCCACAGUUUAUUGGACGCAGUUACCUGAUGUAUGACAACCCAGAUAUCCUCAAGAGGGUGUCGGGAUCCAGGACAAAUGUAUUCAUGCGCUUCAAGACCAGUGCCAAGGACGGGCUGCUGCUCUGGCGGGGAGCGGCCCCCUUGAGGGCCAAUAGUGACUUCAUCUCCUUGGGCCUUCAGAAAGGGAGCCUCGUGUUCAGUUACAACCUGGGUAGCGGAAUGGUGUCCAUCACGGUGAAUGGUUCCUUCAGUGACGGUCGGUGGCACCGAGUCAAGGCUGUCAGGGAGGGCCAGUCUGGGAAGGUGACUGUGGAUGACUACGGGGCCAGAACGGGCAAGUCUCCCGGCAUUAUGGUACAGCUCAACACCAACGACCCUCUCUAUGUGGGUGGGAUGAAGGAGGUCGCCCUGCGCACCGACCGGCGGUACACGAGUGGCCUUGUGGGCUGCGUCUCGCACUUCACCCUGUCCGCUGACUACCACAUCGACCUCGUGGACGACGCCGGGGACGGGAAAAACAUCAAGAUGUGCGGAGCCAAGUAGCCGGGCUGGCCGGGCACAGGGACAGAGCCUUCUCUCCUGGGCCCCGGGGGCCAGACCCUGCCGCUGUCACACACGGGGCCGGACCAGGUGUGUUUCCUGCCAAGCGUCGCCGCCGCAUGAGCAGCUCCACGGACGGAGACCGGAGCCCCGAGUGGCCUCUCCUGCUGACGCCCUGCGGGCCGGACUCAAGGAUGAAGGCCCUGUGUGGGAGCCCCAGACUUUGCUGAAUGUGAGGGCGGCCGGAGGUCACAGCGCUGCAUACUCCAGAGCCUGUCUGCUGCAGCUCCGUGUGUGCUGAUGACACAUUGUUCAGAAAAAGAAAGGAAGAGAGAGAGAGAGAGAGAGAGAGAGAGAGAGAGAAAGGGUGCAUGAGUGCGUGAGUGAAUGAGACACACCCAAAGGCAGUUUUAAAACCCUCUCCCUCCCUGACACGUCACUCUUCCUGACAGUGAGACAGCUCUGUGACAUCCAGCCUCAGUUUACGCACCCCGGCCUGUGGACCUUAGGGUCAUGAAACCCUUCUGCUCCCUCCCCGUUGGCUGCUCAGUGUGCUCCCACCAUCAGAAGGAAGACAGACACGGGGAGCCUGGGCAGAGACCAUGAUGGUCACGCCGCCCAGGGCAGUGAGAUGCCCUCAGAUUUUUCUAACGCAGAGGGAAGGAAGCAGGCAGGGGAUUUUUGUGGCCGUUCUUUCUCGUAUGUGUGUGUUUUUGGAGCUGUGCACUGCCACACGGCUGACUUUUACUCUUUUGGGUGGACAACCCCAAUCUCUCUGCACACCUGUGGACCCCCUCCAGGAGAUGUGCUUGGACCCCUUGUGGUGUCUGUGCAGGUGGCGGGGGGGGGGGAGCUGACUUUGGGGGCACUACUCAGUGUCGGGGGUCAGAGCUGACAAGCGUCAGGCUUUCUGGAACCAGGAGGUUGAAAGGAGCAGCUUGAUGCAGAGGGCUUCCUGCCCCUUCUGUUCUAAGCCAAGGCAAUGUCCCUGUUGAACUUGAAUAAAGGAGAUGAAGAAGGCUA